AUGUUCGACAUGAUAGACCUGAACGCGGAGAUCGAGAAGGCGAAGAGCACACUGGGUGCGGCCGACUCGAUAUUCCAGCGCCACGCGUUGCGCUUCGACAACGAGGUGGACGAGAACGACGAGAGCCUCACCCUGUCCCAGCGGAUGGAGCGCGCCCGGAAAGUCGCCGCCCAGGAGGUGCCCGACCCAAAGCAGCCAACCGUCAAGUGGAUGAAGCUCGUCCCGGUCGAGCAGCCGGCCAACGGCGAGGCCCCAGCCCAACUCCAGAAGCCCAGGACUACGCUGGCCGACAACCCGUACGAGGGGCCCGAACCACCACGCCGCAAACGCAGCUACUCCAAGCGCAAGAAGAGCGUCUCCUUCUAGAUCUCGGAGCUUCGACUCAUCCUGUCACUCCAAAUUGUCGUUACUUGUUCAUUUUCGUUUCUUUUUUUUUUCUUUUUCUUCUUUUCUUCGGUCACUACGGCGAAAUUCACCCGCACUUUCUCUCGAUUUGGGACUACAUUUUUGCUUGAUGAUGGUUUUUUUUUUUUGGGGGGGGGGUACUUGACCGGUUUUCGCACUAUUUCUCUCCGAUACGUUGUGGUUUAUUUUUCAAUCGCUUUUUAACCGGUAAUUUUUAAAUACUUUUCGGCGUCUCUAUAACAAGUUUAAUAUUCGUAGUUUAAAAAGUUAUGAUGAUAAAAAAAUAAAAUAAAAUAAAAUAAAUAGACAAA